CCAGGCGUCGCUGUGAUCCGUUGUAUCGUUUUGCAUUGUCGUAUUUUGCCUCGCUUUGCGUGUUUGUUCUUCGUGUAAAUAAUUGUAAAAAAAAAACUCCACGGUACCUCGUUCCAUGUUGGCUGUGUGUGUAUGUUCUUCCUCCCUGCCAUCGUAACACUCCUGCUUAUUAGCAGCUUCUUGAAUAGGAUUUGAGCACUCCGGAGUCGCUAUGGAUAUCGACGGCGUGCAGAUAAAGCAAGAACCUCCCGACUAUGAGGAGGACCUGGAUUACGUUUUGCCUGAACGACAACCGUCGCCCCUCCCUCAUCCUAUGGAAACGCCAGCAGUAAAGGUUGAACUAGAUGAAGAAAUGCACGAGAUAUCAGCGGAAGAAAUACAUGAGGUGACAGUUGAAGACGUUGUUAAAGAGGAAAUAGUUGACGAAGCAGGCACCACGAAAGAGGAGCCGCACAAAGUUGAAGCCGUAAAGGUGAAGGAAGAGCCACAGGAGCCCGAAGAAGUGAAAGUGAAAGAAGAGCCAAAAGAUGAACCAGAAACUCCUCCUGUGGUGCAGACAGCAGACCCAGCUGUGUCCGUGCCUGCAGCAGCUGGCAUACCUCCAGCUACAAGCAUACUUCCAAAGCCAAUACUACCGGCUGCCUGCAGAAUGGUCCUGGUACCCUCGCAUGUAGUGAACCAUGGUCAGCCACGAAGCAAUGUUGUUGCUGCUCCUAUUACUCUGCCUGUGCCACAAGCAACGGUGUUUCCUACGCGUGUGAUACUGCCUGCUGAACACCGCAACGGUGUUCUUCCAACUCAAGUGGUGCAGCCGCUGGUGCAGCAGAAUGGUGUGGCGGCAACGGUGCGAGAAGUUCCCUGGUCCCAACUUUGGAUCCAGCCAACUGGUACCACCUCUGUUACGCCUGCAGCUGAUGAAGAAAAAGGCCCACCACGUAAGAAAACAAAAAUGGAGUAUAGUGAGGGAGCAGCGGAUGCAGUAUACACGGAACCGUCAACAAACACCAAAGGAGGGAAAACACGCCGUGAUGUUCAAACCCAAUUCCCCACGUGGGAGUUUGUAGAAGAACGUUCAAGUGGAACCCAGACGUGUGGAGCGUCUCAAGGUGUCGCUGAGUGUGGAAUACAGACAAGCGGCAAGAACGAAAGUGCUACGCUGGUGUCUGCUGGUACGGGCACCACGGAGCCGUGGCCGCCCAAAACGGAAGCUGAAGAAGCUGGCACAGCUAAAUCUACCAGUAAAGGUGGCCAAAAGAAGAAAGCAGGAGCAAAGAAAAGGUAGAGGAGCUCGCCCGACAGAUCUGCAGGUUUUCCUCCAGCCGGUUACAGCACCAGUCCUCAACGGAUCAUCUCAUUUUAUUACAUCCACCUGCGUGAGGUCCACUGUGCAGUGCGACAUACCAUUUCACCAAGGGUGGCGGGGCAGGACUUGUUCAGCCAUCAGGUUUAUGUUACGCCAGGUGUUAUGUGAAGAACAUUAUGUCAUCAAUGUAUUUGUGCUGACAGUCAUAUCCUAUGUAGUUCCAAUUGAAACAAUAUAAUAUGGGGUGUUUACCCGCUCA